AUGUCGGACUCAUUCCUUCAGUUCAAAGAAUUUCGCGCUUGGAUCGAGGUCGAUGGGCAGGUCACGGAGUGCCUUUUGCCUCACACUGACUUCAACAAAGGUGAAGUGGGUUGUUGGAUCGUAUCGGAGGUCGGAAAGACCUUCUCCAUUGCGGCUUUCAAGGAUGCCUCCACGCCGUAUGACACUAGAAUUACCGCAUAUAUCGACGGAUUUCGCGUCGCAGGUUCAUUCGGUCGCAAGGACGAGGUUGCGAGACACACCUUCCGCUACUACAAGACGUCCAACAAGACGAAGCGCCCAUUUAUAUUCUCUCGCGUGCCACUCACAGGUGUGCGCCUAUAUGCUAUUGAAUAUAAACGCGUUAUUACAAUUCCCCAUCUCGGAGACGGAGAGGCGAAUUUAGAUGACUCGAAGUCCGAAAAUAAACCUGGGGAGAUAAGGGUCGUCGUGAAGCGUAUCACCAAGUUCAAACCCAAGUCUCCUGAGCCACCUGUCCCAAGGACCAGAAAUUUCUUCCGGUUGCAAACCGCAAAGAAGGCUGUGCCUGAGGAACAGAAGAUGGAUGAGACGCUGUAUAAAGGGAUGACCUUUCACCAAGUCAAAUUUGGGAAAGAGAUAUUUAGGAAGAAAUCGUUUGACAGGCCUAAGUACACUUUUCGUGAAGGAGAAGUUUUGGUGACUUUUGUCGUCCAAUACCGACCUCUCGGGACGCUUCAGGCAGCUGGAAUUAUUGCUCACCCCUCUCCAAGCCCGAUUACAAGACCGUUGGCGUCGAUUAUAGUGGAAGACGAAUCGCAGGCAGGUGCCCCACACAUUGGAACUCCCAGCGCUGCGUGGACCUCAGAUGAGAUGGCUUUGAAUGAGUUCAAUAACACGGAAAAUUUGCACGGUGAUUUGAAAGAUGAUUCAGAGAGCGAUGAACUGGAAUAUAUCGACCAGGAGGAAUGGGAUCGGAGACGAGAAGACGCUAAAUUAUGGAAGGGCGAAGAAGGGCAAGGAGUGAAGAACGAGCCGGGCGAACCUAUUUCGUCUGCGGCUACAGCAGUCAAGUCAUUCCCUUGA